AUUAGUGCUGGGCAGACAUGCAAGUGCACUUGAGUGGCAGCAGCCUUUGAUGGAGGCUCCUUCUGCGCUUGGUGUCUCCGACACCUUGCACGCUUGGUGGAAUCGCGUCGAUCCAGAUGAGUUUGACCGCGUCACGGAAUCUUCUGGACGCCUCGAGGUGCUGCGGCACGUGGCUUCAGUGGUGCAAUCGAGCCGCUAUGUUGUGGAGCUUGGCUGUGGCACGGGGCUACUUGCGCGGGAGGCGGCACGGCCGGAUAUCGUAGGCGUAGAUAUGUGCUCAGCCAUGGUAAAGAAAGCAUGCUCGUCAAGCCGCAUGGACACAGCUUUGGUAGACAACAUCCUGGAGUUUUAUCCCGUGGACAGUCCCGAUGCUGUGGUCCUUUGCAAUGUGCUGGAGCCGUACUCGUCAGAGGUGAGGAAGCUUCUUUUCUCGCACAUAAUGGACUUCCUGUCCCCUGGAGGGCUCGUGGUGGUUGCAGUAAUGGUUGGAAAGACCGGUUUGGGCACAGAAUUUGAAUCCGUGCUGGAUUUGGUCUUUCCCAGUGCGAAUCCAGUCCAUCCCGGUGACAUUGAGGAGGAGCUCGCUAUGAUUGGCUUUGAUGUUGCCGUACCAGAGCUGAUCAGUGUCAGACGGGACCAGGAUUCGGCGAAGAUCCAACGCUCCUUCGCCAUUUUGGUUGGAAGGAAGAUCGAACCAAGCUGAGGAUGCUGAGGCAACAAGGUUGAGGGCUUCGUGCGCUGGACAUGGUCUGUGGCAAAAGCCAUCCCCGGAAGAAGUUCGAGGGCAAGACCUGGCCAAUGUGGAGAGGCUGCAAGGUACUUGGCAGGGAUUCAAGUCAAAGAACUUGGCAAAACGUCCAUCGGCUGC